CAGACCAAAUCGACAGAAUACUGAAUAGCGCCAGGUUUGGUAGAAGCGCACUGCGGGUGCGACUUGUCGACAAGCGUGAGACCGUAUCGCAAGUUCAACUUUUACCCAUCCGCUCCUCUCAUAAAGUUCUCAUCCGCCUUCUUAUGAGUACAGGAGCUACGGAGCCAGGACCUGCAUCUAUAUAACUGGAUUUGAUUUAACUUUCCUUGUUGCUUGGAAAGCCUAGGAAUUUAGGACAUCAAGGACAAAAUGACGAGGUUACUUGUUAUCGCAAUAUUAGGACUUGUCAUACCUUUGGUUCUUUCACAGGGAGCAGAGGAUGAAAAUGAUCUAUGUAAAGACGUGAAUUGCAAGAAGCCUCGAGGUUCUUGGUGCCAGGUCAUCGAGGUAGAUGGUAGCCCCAAAGCAACAUGUGUUUGCCCGAAGAACUGCGCGGGAGAAGACGUGAAUCCCGUAUGCAGUGUGUUCGGCAAGCAGUACGACAACGAAUGUCAGCUCCACAGAUACGCAUGCAAGAAGAAAAAGAAUAUCCCCAUGGCCUUCAAGAAACCGUGUAUAGCAUCUCAGGGUGUCUGCACUCCAGAUGAAUUCGCACAGUUCCCCUACCGUCUUCUUGAAUGGUUCAUGCACUUGAAGGAGAAGGACGAGUUUGGAAGGAUCGAUCCCAACAGACGAAUCACGCUGGUCGAUAAUGACCUGCGUCAUCAGAUCGCUAUGUGGAAGUUCAACGCUCUUGACAGGAACAACAAUGGCGAGCUUGACAAGGCCGAACUGUUGAAGAUCCGCUACUCCCUGAUGCCGCUAGAACACUGCGCCCAUCCAUUCUUCACCCGAUGUGCCAACCGGGAAAGGAAGGAAGUGGACGGUAGGAAACCAGACAAAAAGUCCAUCACCGUCGCCGAAUGGACAGACUGCUUAGCGAUCGAGACGGAUCCAGCCACCGCGAUGGGGGUCGAGUCACCUCCGGCCGAGCUUCAAGAAGAAGAACUCGUAGUCGAAGAGGACGUCGAGGAGGACUUGGAGGAGGAGGAAGAGGAAGAUGCACCUGAAGCGGCAUAAGCUUUCCAUAGAUUGACCCGAGGUCAACACCACCAAGUGAAUAAAUUCAUGACAGAUCUUUCCAUAUUCAGAGCCCCUUCGCUGCCCAUGAAGAUGCCCAGAGAGGAUUUUAUCAACAUUUUUGUACAAGUCGUUAGAUCUGACAACUCAUUGAUUUUGAUUGCCCGAGAACCACAGUUCCCAUGGAAACUGUCGGAUAAAACAGGACUUGUCUGAUAAAACCUCUGACAGGUUCUUUUACGAAACACUCCUAUAAUGCAUACCAUCAUGUCACCAUGAUAAAACCAAAAAUAUAAAUUUAUUUAGUUUUUAUUCGAUACAACUUCUUGUGACGUGCCAGCCUUAAAUAAUUCCCGAAGACAAGAAAAAAUAUGACGAUUAUAGGCAAAUUCAUUAUCGUCAACAACAAGGGGAUCAACAACCCAACACCCUCCCUGUACUGGAAUAUGUUUUGAAUGUGUGUCUUCGACAUAACUUCUUUAUACUGCCUUCAAAAACAUAAUUUUAUAUCGCAAAUGAUAAUUUGUUGGUGAAGAUCCUUCGAAGAUAUAACACAUAACACUAUAUUCUCAAUAUGCAGAAACGUUUUUUUUUCAAUUAACAUGGUUAAGCAGUACUUACAAAAAAAGGCUUGUAUAAAAAAACGUAGUUUUCAUUGAUAAAUUAUGUUUAUUUAUAAGUGCGUGUAUUUAUAGUAAAUUAAUUCUUUGGAACUUUAGACGUAGAGAUUAUUAGUGGAAGGAGAGUAUAAUGAUUUAUUUUUUAUUUGUUAAUAUCGCACCAAGUGUCUGCUAUCAAAUGGAAUAAUUAGAAUGUCCUAACUUUGCAUUCUUCCGGUCAUCAAUACUUCAACUAAACCACGGAGGAUAAUAUGCCCUUUUCAAUAUGAAGGUCCAUGAAAAUACAAGCUUUAUAAUAUUUAGUUAGAAAAUUCCAUUGCAGAACCAUUUUCCUUUAAUCUAGCUACCUCUCCUUUCUAAAAAUAUUAUCAAAAGCACAACUUCUCUUUUCAAAUGUCAUCGUAGUCCUAUCAUUAGAACAUUUCAUUUCUGUAAAUAUGUUUGCUGCCAGAUACCUAAUCAAUGAAUUCAUUGAUGAUAAUUAGAUGUGCCAUUUUAUAGAGAAGUGUGUCAUUCAAUAUUUAGUAAGAAAAUAAAACCACUUUUGGAAAAAGUAUUG